CUUGAGACCAGAAAUCGAGCUUUUGCUGAAUUGCCAUGUUUUUCCUUCUUUUAGUCUAACUAAAGCCACUGGGCCUUUUUUUUCAUAACUUGCUAACAUAGAGUAAGUAGUAAUAUUCCGGUCAAUAUUAAGUCACAAACCUUUCUGCUCCGUGGUGAUUGCUUGAGAUGUUUCGUGGCAAAUCAACUAUAGGAACAGAUAUAGAUCAGGUAACUUUACUUUUAGACCUGUCUCUUCAAAGGAUAUUAUUCCUUUUACUACGAUAUCGAGGGUGUACCUUCACAGGUUUCGUAGUCUCUGAGAUAUACUUUCCUCGAAACCCAUCCUGGUAAGCCACUAAGAAAUAUUUUGUUCCCCAUUAUUCCUAUCCAUCUGGCUCCCAAGAAAAUGACUCAUCCUACACGGGAAGCCGAAAUUCUGGGGUAUGGGCAGUUAAUGUAAGAUCUUAAAACAAUAUCGGUAAUUAAAGUAGGGAGUAUACCAACCCUUCUCUCUUUUUUGUAUUUUAAACAAAUCUACUAUAACUCUUGUCUUCUGGCUUUAAAGGCUAGCAAAAGUUUUGUCAGCUACUAUGAAGGUGAUCUGGCAAAUUUGUGCAUUAUACAUAUUUGUAUAUCUAAAUUUCAUAAAAGUUUUAUAACCCUGGUAAGGGGUCGUUAAACCCUUCAGAAAUGGUAAAACUUGCUGCCAUGGAAUCCAUUUUCUGCCAAUUCUUGAUGUGGUGAUGAUGUGGAAGCCUGUUAAGAAAAAAGGUUGCCUGUUCAUCUGGUGACUGAUCAGCAAACCAAUAAACCCAAAGGUUAUGCCUUCAUCGAGUACUUGCACACCCGUGACAUGAAAGCUGCAUAUAAACAAGGUGAUGGAAGGAAGAUUGAUGGUAGAAGAGUGUUGGUUGAUGUUGAGAGAGGUAGAACAGUCCCGAACUGGCGUCCCCGUAGGCUUGGUGGUGGACUUGGUACCACCAGAGUUCCUGGUGAGAAGAUCGCUGGCGAGGAGGAACAACAACAACAACAACCUCAAGGAAGAAUGUCCCGCUCCGAGGAGCCAAGAGCCCGUGAGGACCGUGAGAAAUCUCAUGAUAGGGGCAAAGAAAGGGAACGCGAGCAAUCUCAUGAGCGGUCUCGGGAACGGUCUCAUGAGCGGUCUAGGGAACGGUCUCAUGAGCGGUCUAGGGAACGGUCUCAUGAGCGGUCCCGUGAACGGUCUCGCGAUAGACUGAGAGAGAGUCAUAGAGAGGACAAGCACCACAGAGACCGGGACCGAGGUAGAGACAGAGAUAGAGAAAGAGAGAGCAGGCGUGACCGAGGAGAUAGAGACCGUCGGGACCGUACUAGGGAUCAUGACCGGGAGCGGAGUCGGAAGAGGGAACCGGACUACGAGAGCGGUGAGUAUGAAGACGACGGCGGAAGAUCCCGUGAGAGAGAAGCCGAGUAUGAGCAGAGGCGAGGUGAGUCAAAGGAAGGUCAUGGCUACUAUGAAGGGCGUAGGCGUUCAAGCAAUUACGAGCGUGAGGAGGAACAAGAAGGUGACCAAGAUCAUUAUUAUCAGUACGGUGACCGUCGUUAGUUGGGAUGGGGUCAGCUUCCCCCACUAAAAAAUUAAUUAGUGUAUUUUAAGGAUAAUGAAUAUUGCUCCCUUAUCAACAGCAUUGAUUUCUUUUAUUCACUCCGGAAAUAAAAAUCAAACCAAUUUAGCAGCA